ACAUAAAUAUUGCCCAACCAAAACAACAUUUCGCGCGACCGUCCCGCUCAGCUGAUGAUUUGCGCAAACCAUGCACCGCAACAUGGAAAUUCGGCACAUGGCGUUCCACCUGGAAACGUUGGCGCACAUCCUAGACACCAGCGAAGGUUGGCGUGACUUCUUGUACCUGAUUCCGCGGAACCUGGAUGACCUGUUGAAGGAAGACCCGUACUACCCGCUCAAGUACACCGGAUUGAACGAAAGCAUACUCGAAACCGAAAGCCAGAAACGCAACUUGUCUCCCUCCAAGCUGCUGCUGGAAGAGUGGGGUAUAUCCGGCCAGGUGCGCCCGACCGUCGAUCAUUUGCUGAAGCUGCUGGUGCGCGCAAACCAGAUACGGGCGGCCGAAUAUUUAACCACACUGCUGAAGGAACAACCUCCCGCCCGGCCUAAGGACGGUCCGGGGGCACCGAUUGACGUGACGCUGCCGGAAGAUCAUCAGACGGAAUCACUGCUCAACGGUAUCAGCUACCCGAGCAGCACCAUCCUGCUGCACCAUGUGGAAUCGAUCACGAUUGGCAACAACAGGGACUAUUACGACAAGCUGGGACCGACGAAGCGGGUCGAAAUUAAGGAUAAAUCGUCGGUGAACGUGGAUGGCGAGCUGCCAGUGUUUUCGUCCAGCAACAACAAUACAAAAUCCGGUUCCGAUUCGUCCGACGUACGAAACCCAGUAAUGAUGGAUCGCUAUCCAGACCAGCUGCCUGGGCCUUCGAGGCCAAGCAAAGCGGCAGCGAAAGCACCACCCGCAGAAGCUACUCCGGAUGGUCCGCUGUCAUCGAACAGACUGCCAAUGAUUUCGGCACUGGGCAUUGGUCAGCCGGAGUCAUCGAAACUGCAAAACAAUCGCAACUAUGACUGUGCGAGCAAGGAAAUCAACGGACCGCAGAUUCCCGAUCUUUCAAUAUUUGGCCGAGAGGAGAGCGAACGAAAGGAAGUGAACGGACCGCAGGUUCCUGAACUAUCCAUCUUUGGCCGACAAGACAGCGACAGUAAGGAAGACAAUGGAGCUCCCGCAGAACACCGCAAAGACAUUCCGGCCUUAUCGGCGUUGCUGGGCGGUUCUUCCGACGCACAUCAAACGCAAUCCAACAGCACAAACAACACACAUGACAGUAUUCCAAUGCUAUCGAUGCUUGGCUCGGACGGCAGCACUUCCGAUACGCUCGGUAGCGAAAGCAGCUCUUCAGCAAUCGUGCCGCAAGUGAGCGAGUCCGUUAGCGAUUUCAUAAAAUUUUCCUCCUCCCCAGUAGUAGCGGUAUACGCAUACGACCAUCUUCGCGUGGUCACGGACGGAUUCAACGUGGCCCCCUAUACCAACGGCAAUCUUGCCGCACCCAACGGGCGCUCGCUCGGUGCGGGAGGCUUCGGAGCAGUAUUUUUAGCGCUCAAUCUCGCGCCAUCCAUUCCCGUGGCCGCGGUCAAGCGGCUCGAUCCCGACAAGUACAAAUUUCGGGAAAAAUUUCACCUAGAGCUAGACAUUCUCUCGAAACAUUCGCACGCGAAUGUGGUCAGCCUGCUGGGCUCGAGCUCCGAUGGGCCCCGGCUGUGUCUGGUGUACGAAUACCUGAAGGAUGGCAAUUUGGAGGCAGCUUUAUCACUAGUCCGAGCGGGCCAGCGGCAGAUGGGGGCCACCGUUCGUCUACAGUACCUAAAGGACAUCGCCAAUGCGGUAGCCUUCCUUCACGAGCGAGCCAAAAUCAUUCACCGCGAUGUGAAGUCGGCAAACAUUUUGCUGGACGGGCCGGUCGCAAAGCUGUGCGACUUUGGCCUGAUCAAGCGCACCAGCUCGCGCACCACCACGAGCAUUAUCGGCACGAACGCGUACAUGGCACCGGAGGCGGUGCGGGGCGAUGUGUCGCCAGCGUUGGACAUUUUUGCGUUCGGCAUCGUGGUUGCGGAAACGGUCACCGGCGAACCCGUGCUGGCGGAGAAGGAAUCUCGCAGCGAAAUCGACCUGGCAGGCUACGUAUGCCGUCAGCGAGCCGAAGGACGGGAUCUGGGCUUGCUCGUCGACAGGCGGGCCGCGGUGGGCAGAGACGGCGAAGCUCGCUGGCAUGACGCCGGGAGAAAGCUGCUGGAGAUUGCGAUCAAGUGCAUGGGCGAAAAGUGGAGCCGACCGAACAGUGGUGCGCUGGCUGACGCGAUAGCCGGCAUACAAUUGGUGCCUUUAUAAAUUGCAAUGCAAACGGCGGGUUAUAAAGACAAAGGGUGCGACGUAAAGUGAGCAAAGCGAGCAAUCAUUCGUGCAAUAGGAUGCAGGGCAAUAAUUAGCAUUAAGCAGGUUACCCAUUUUUGCUCAACAAAUAAGCAUUUGAAUGCACAAAAAAUACUCUUACCGACAAGGCGAACAGAUAAGUUUUGCUGUGCCUUUUUCUAUAGUUUCUAACAACACUUUAACACAUUCCGGUAAGAUAGCACGGUCUGUCCAAAAUGCAUGCUUGGAACGCAAACAUAUCGAAGAAUCGUUUUAAAAAUGGAUUCGCGUGAUUAACAUUCAAUUUUAUUCUUACUAAAACAAUGCAACACACAAACAGCAAAGGUAAAAUAAUCUUUCAUAAGCCUGUUACAUUAAAUCAAAUGUAAACAACGCUAAUGGGUUCGUCGCUUGUGGCGAAUAAACGAAACAGUUACAAGCAGCACUGCUGACCGUUACAUUUGAA